CGACAGAAGAGAGAAGUAUAAAUAACUAGCUGCGUUGUGAAUUUUAAUAGCAUUGUUAAUCUGAUCUACCUCUUAGAACCAUCUGAUCGACCAUUGCAAUUAUGUAUUUUGCUUAUUUAUUGUUCCUGAUAUUGUAUUCUACUGGUCAGUGCUUGGGUGGUUGUUAUGAAAAUCACGAUGUUCCUAGAAGUGCUCGGAAAAUUUUCAAAGAUAAUCAGAUUGUACCAGAUGUCAUCAGCGUAGCCCCCGGAAAGUUACUCGAAGUAAAAUACAAGUCAAAUGUUGAAGUGAAACUGGGCAACGAGUUGCGCCCUAAGCAGGUCCAAGAAGCCCCAGAAGUUAAGUACGAAGCAGACGCAGGUGAUUACUACACUCUGCUAUUGACUGAUCCAGAUGCACCGAGUCGCAAAAACCCAACUGUGAGAGAAUUCAGUCAUUGGCUGGUUGUUAAUAUUCCCGGAUCGAAAGUAUCUGAAGGUGACAAUAUCAGAGAAUAUAUGGGUUCAGCUCCUCCAGAAGGCACAGGCUUGCACCGUUAUGUAUUCCUCCUCUACAAACAAAACGGAAAACAGACUUUCGAUGAACCCCAUCAGGUCGCUACCGAUGGAAAUCGCGGGAGAUUUUCUACUGCGCAGUUUGCUAAAAAACACAAUUUGGGAAAUCCUAUUGCUGGCAACUUUUUCCAAGCUCAGUGGGAGAAGAGUAAAUAAACCUUAUUGAACCCGACACAUUCCUGACAGUUACUCUAAACUUCUUCGAAAUCUGCAUUACUUAUACAAUACAUAUUUUCCAUUCCACUGGAAAUGGUCAAGAAACGAGAAAGUCAAGGUUGAGAGAAAAAAUUAUAUUCUUCUCGAUUCCCAUUAGAUUGAAUGUAAUUCUUAUUGAUCAUAUAAAUUAUUUAUAAUAAUAAUUAUAAUCGAAACAAAUUCCAAUUAGUAAACCACAAUCAUGAUAUAAAGCAAUGAACUUAAUUUUUAUUAGGAGUAAGAAUUGAUAAGGUUGGC